AAACGUUUAAUUGCUGCAUAAACAAGUCGACUUGCAUUCUUGCCCCCCUACAAGAGCUCUUUGCAUAACAAUAUAAAUAUUACUUAUACAGAUUAAUCUGAAUAGAUUGGUUCAAUUAAAUCUAGAGAGAACGUGAUAAUGAAGUUGUUUGUGAUAUGUUUUGUUGCUAUUGCCAGUGUGGCUCUGGCUGAAGACCCAAAAUACACCACCAAGUACGAUAAUGUUGACCUGGAAGAAAUUAUCAAGAGCGAUAGAUUGAUGAAGAACUACGUGAACUGUCUUUUGGAAAAAGGAAAAUGUACUCCCGAUGGAGCAGAAUUAAAAAAGGUUCUACCUGAUGCUCUGCAUACUGACUGCUCGAAAUGCAGCGAAACCCAAAAGAAUGGAAGCAAAAAGAUUAUGCGUCACUUAAUUGACAACAAACCUGAAUGGUGGAAAGAACUUGAAAAUAAAUACGAUAAAGAAGGAUCCUACAAGAAGCAAUACAGAGAAGAACUGGCCAAAGAAGGCAUCAAAUUGUAUGACAAUGUCGACUUAGAUGCUAUUAUCAGAAGUGAUAGGUUGUUGAAGAAUUAUGUUGAUUGUAUGGUAGGAAGAAAGAAGUGUACUAAGGAUGGGGAAGAAUUAAAAAGAAACCUACCUGAUGCUUUACAAACUGCUUGUUCGAAAUGUAGUGAAGCUCAAAAAGCAGGAAGUCGGAAAAUUAUUCGACAUUUGAUCACAAACAGACCGCAAUGGUUUAGGGAGUUAGAAUUGGUCAGCGAACGUCAAACAAUGAGAACGGUUAUUUUAGCAAGUUGUGUCUUUGUUAUAUUCGGUGGUGUGUGUUAUGGAAGACCGGAAGAGGAAAAGUACACCUCAAAAUACGACAAUUUCAACAUAGAUGAAGUUCUGGAAAGCGACAGGUUGCUGAAAAACUAUAUGAAUUGUCUUAUGGAUAGAGGAAGAUGCACAACGGAAGCUGCUGAAUUAAAAAAAAAUAUACCUGACGCAUUAGAAAACAAUUGCCAGAAAUGUAGCGAAAAGCAAAGGAAAAUUGGUGAGAAAGCUCUCACAUUCCUGAUAGAAAAAAGGAAAGAAUUGUUUGACGAAUUAGAAGCUAAAUACGAUCCUAACGGAAUAUACAGGAAGAAGUACGAAAAGGAGCUUCAAGAAAGAGGAAUCAAAUUAUAGGAAUUAUAAUAUCUGAAACAUUAUAUUACGAACGAAAUGAUUAUUGUAUUAAAUAAUAAAUAAAUUAUUAUCAUUGCUUUCAAA